UCUUAUCAAACUGAAAUGAGUUCAUCAUCUGGAAUCACGAAAUCCGUAACGUUUCAUAAUUUUUUGAUGACGAGUGAUAAUAGUAAUUCGCCAAAAUUAACGAAAUCUAAGUUAAGAAAUAACUUAAUUGCUCUUAACACAAGGUAUAAUUCAUUCUCAUCCUGGAUACAAUUAUUUCUAUUAAAACAUCGGCAUACAUCGUCAUCAUCGUUAAAUAAUUCAUUUAUACGACCAUCUGUUUCAUUAUCAGUUGUAGAUGAGACACGAACUCUUGGUUCCGAUGGUGAAAGUGUUGAUGUAUCACCAUGUAGCAGUGAACAGUAUGCUGCAUCAAAUGGAAGUACAAGCGAUAGAUAUAUCGUUAGUGUUAAAAUGCGUCAAAAAACUGCACGUAAAUGGAGUGAACAAGAUAUACAAAAACGAUUAUCGUUACCAGCAGAUUUGCGAUUACCACUGAGUGUUGUUGAGAAAUUAAAUCGAACACCGAAUCUUGACCAACCUCUAACACGUAAAAAUAGACGUGCUUCUUUGAGCGAAAUUGGUUUUGGUAAAUUGGAAACUUAUGAAAAAUUAGAAAAGCUUGGCGAAGGUACAUAUGCUACUGUUUAUCGAGGUCGUUCUCGACUUACUGAGAAUUAUGUUGCUUUGAAAGAGAUACGUCUGGAGUUAGAAGAAGGAGCACCUUGUACGGCUAUUCGAGAAGUUUCACUAUUACGAGAUUUGCGUCAUGCAAAUAUCGUUACACUUCACGAUAUUAUCCAUACAGAACGUUUAUUAACAUUGGUAUUUGAAUAUGUUGAUCGAGAUUUGAAGCAAUAUUUAGAUACAUAUCAAAAUACUAUACCUAUGCCAAAUAUUAAACUUUUUCUUGUUCAGUUGCUUAGAGGCUUAAAUUAUUGUCAUCAAAGACGAGUUUUACAUCGCGAUCUUAAGCCACAAAAUCUUUUAAUCAAUGAAAAAGGUGAACUUAAGUUGGCUGAUUUUGGAUUAGCUCGUGCAAAAUCCGUGCCAACGAAGACUUAUUCUAAUGAAGUUGUCACAUUAUGGUAUCGACCACCAGAUGUUCUGCUGGGUUCAGUUGAUUAUUCAACUCAUAUAGAUAUGUGGGGAGUUGGUUGCAUUCUUUUUGAAAUGAUAUCUGGCAGAGCUUUUUUUCCUGGAUCAACAGUAGAAGAACAAUUGUUAUUGAUUUUUCAUACGCUUGGCUCGCCAACUCCUGAUAUGCAUCCAUCAAUAUGUAAUUCUCCAGCAUACCAUUCUUAUAAAUUCCCUCAUUAUUAUCCUGCUUAUUUGCCAAAUAUAUGUUCUCGGCUUGAUUCGACUUCACUUGAUCUUAUUCAACGACUUCUUCAAUAUGAAGGUAAAGCACGUCUUUCUGCUGCUGAUGCUCUCGAUCAUCCUUUUAUACGAUGUUUACCGCAAGCAAUUUUCGAAUUGUCCGAUUGUGAAUCAGUAAUGUCAGUACCCGGCGUUAAACUUAUAAAAGAACCAGCAAUCACAAUUCAUCCUUUCACGAAAAAUAGUCGGUCUGAUCGUCGGCGAAGUCUUAUUUUGUAA